UUAAUUUUACGAUUAAUAAAUUCUUUAUAAUACAUGCUAUCGGGCAAGCGUGCAAUAAUUGAAAUAUAAUACCCUUCGAUUAGCUGGCCAUUAAGUAUUUUCCUUAUAACUAAGAUAAGAAGCAAUAACUUUAAAGUUUGAUUAUGAGAUUUUGGUGAAAUAUUACGACAUAUAUACGGACAAUUAAUAUAACUUACACAAAAGAAGUGAAGAGAAAUAAUAUAAAUAAAAAAUAAUUAUUUGGAUUGUAUGACAAACGAAACGACAUGCAAAACUGCUAUACGGCAACUGACAAGCUAUGUAAAAUAAAAUGCUUAUAGGCAACAUGAAGGCGUGGCCAUGUUGUCAAACGCCACCACAAGAAGAACAACAGCAACAACCACAACAAUUUACAGCUUGUAGAAAAUACAUGCAGCAGGCAAAAUGUACCGUUUGAAUGCCACACAACAACAACAACAACAGCAGCAACAACAACAGCCAACAACUGGACAACAACAACAAAGCAAACCAAAACAGACAACCCAAAUACCCAGUCACAUUUUGUUGCAACAACAAUUAGCCGCAGCCGCUGCUGCAGCCGCCGCCGCCGCUGCUGCAGGCGCUGGCAGCAACAGCAGCAGCAGUAGCAAUGCCGCCUUGACGUUUGCAAAUGGUGUUGAGGAUAAAUUAAAGCUAUUGACAACUGCCACAACGACGACGUCUACGUCGACGUUGACGUCGACUGCAACGCCCGCAACAACAACAACAACAAUUAAAACCGAACCCAUGCCUGACGUCAUCGCCUUGACCAUCAACAACAACAACAGCAACAGCAGCAGUGGCAUAGCGUCAACGUCGGCAGCAGCGGCCGCUGCUGCUGCUGCCGCGGCUGCCGCAUCUUCUUCCUCCAACUCCAACGGGCAUUUGGCUUUUGUGCCCACAAAGCGAGCGCGUCUCGAUGCGCCCGAGGAUUGGAUGUCAACGUCAAGUCCGGGCAGUGUGCCCAGCUCAGCGCCGCCGUUGUCGCCGUCGCCCGGUUCGCAGAAUCACAGUUAUAACAUGUCCAACGGAUAUGCAUCGCCAAUGUCAGCUGGCAGCUACGAUCCAUAUAGUCCCAAUGGCAAAGCAGGUCGCGAUGAUCUCUCGCCCUCGAGCAGCCUCAACGGCUACUCCGUCAACGAGGGCUGCGAUGCGAAGAAGAGCAAGAAGGGUCCAGCGCCCCGGGUGCAGGAGGAGCUCUGCCUCGUCUGCGGAGAUCGGGCGUCGGGCUAUCAUUACAAUGCGCUGACCUGCGAGGGCUGCAAGGGCUUCUUUCGGCGCAGCGUCACCAAGAAUGCGCACUACUGUUGCAAGUUUGGGCGUGCCUGUGAGAUGGACAUGUACAUGCGACGCAAGUGCCAGGAGUGCCGCCUGAAGAAGUGCCUCGCCGUUGGCAUGCGGCCCGAGUGCGUUGUCCCAGAGAAUCAGUGUGCGAUGAAGCGGCGCGAGAAGAAGGCCCAAAAGGAGAAGGACAAGGUCACCAGUUCGCCCAGUUCACAGCAUGGCGGUGCGGGCGGCGGCGGUGGUGGCGGUGGCGGUGGCGGCAUAGCCGGUGGUGGUGCGUGUGCCAACAGUGUCGGCCUCCAUGGCACCCAUGACUACGUCAAGAAGGAGAUACUGGACCUCAUGACGUGCGAGCCGCCGCAGCAUGCCACAAUUCCGCUACUACCUGAUGAUAUUUUGGCCGAGUGUCAAGCGCGCAAUAUACCUCCAUUAACGUUCAAUCAGUUGGCCGUUAUAUAUAAAUUAAUUUGGUAUCAGGAUGGCUACGAGCAGCCAUCCGAAGAGGAUCUCAAGCGUAUUAUGAGUCAACCGGACGAGCAUGAGAGUCAGACGGAUGUCAGUUUUAGGCACAUCACCGAGAUAACCAUACUCACAGUGCAGUUGAUUGUGGAGUUUGCGAAAGGAUUACCAGCGUUUACAAAGAUACCCCAAGAGGAUCAGAUCACGUUACUCAAGGCCUGCUCAUCGGAAGUGAUGAUGUUGAGAAUGGCCAGACGCUACGAUCACACCUCGGACUCGAUAUACUUUGCGAACAAUCGAUCCUAUACACGGGACUCGUACAAAAUGGCCGGCAUGGCGGAUAACAUUGAGGAUCUGUUGCACUUCUGCCGACAGAUGUUCGCGAUGAAGGUGGACAAUGUGGAAUAUGCGCUACUCACUGCCAUUGUGAUCUUCUCGGAUCGGCCGGGCCUCGAGAAGGCCCAGCUGGUCGAAGCGAUACAGAGCUAUUACAUCGACACGCUACGCAUUUAUAUACUCAAUCGCCACUGCGGCAACUCGAUGAGUCUCGUCUUCUACGCCAAACUGCUAUCGAUACUCACCGAGCUGCGAACGCUGGGCAAUCAGAAUGCCGAGAUGUGUUUCUCGCUCAAGCUCAAGAAUCGCAAGCUGCCCAAGUUUCUUGAGGAGAUCUGGGAUGUGCACGCCGUGCCGCCGUCAGUGCAAUUGCAUCUUCAGGCCCAGCAGGACGAGCAUGAUCGAAUCCUACGAGCCGAGCGUAUGCGUGGUGCUGUCGGUGGUGCAAUUGCCGCCGGACUCGAUGCAGACUCGGCGUCCACAUCUUCACAGGCCGCUCUGGCGGCGGCCGCCCAACAGCAGCAACAUCAUCAGCAGCAACAGCAUCAACAGCUCCACACGUUGCCCAGUCAUACAGCAGGUGCAGGUGCUGGUGGUGGUGGUGCGGGUUCCGUAUCAGCCGUAAGCACCAGCAGCGGCUAUAUUGGUGGCGGUGGUGCAAUGGGCCCAAAUACAGCGGCGGCCAGUAGCUCCACCAGCAUCACAGCAGCGGUGCCAGCCAGCUCGACGACGCCAUCAACGGUGGCCAACGGCAGUGUUGGGGCUGGCGGAGUGGGUGGUGCAGGUGGAGGUGUAGGAGGAGCAGGAGGGCGUAAUGCAGAUGUCAGCAUGUAUGCGAACACACAGACAGCGAUGGCCUUGAUGGGUGUCCCACUAAAAACGGAGCAUUCAACAACGAGCAGCGCAUAGCAGCCCCUGCUUGUCGAGGGAGUCGCUCUGCUGCUCAUGGAAUAGAAUUCAAAUUCAGAAACAGGCAGCUGUAAACACACACACACACAAACACACAUUCACACACACACACAUACACACACACAUACACACGCAUACACACGCAUGUAAGCAGAGAAAACUGUACCGUUAUUCACUUGGUUUCUUGUAAGUUCAAAGCAAAACUGUAACUGUACAAUUUUGCAUAUUUCAAAUAGUUGGAUUGGAUUGGUUUUGUUUGUUUUUCUUUUUUCUAUUUUUCUUUUUCUGGUUUUCUUGUCGGAUUUUGCGCAAGCUAUGCAAAAAUUUCGCGCGUGUGGAUUUAAUAAACAAGUGCGUAACGGCACAGUGGCAAUGCUUAAUUAUACAAUUUAUAUAUACGCCAUAUGCAUAUACAUAUAUAUAUAUAUGUGGAUAAAUAUAUGUAUGUGUGUGUUUGUAUAUAUAAAUUGGCAAAAGUCGCAUCUGGCAGAUAACAAUUUUGAGUAAGCGUAAAAUGCAGUUAUUUAGUGUUAAGUCUGCAAAUAUUAGUUGUAAGCCAUUAUGAAUAUAUAUAUAUACAACAAAUUAUAUAUAUUACUAUACACUCACACACACACACACACACCUACACACACACACAUUUAAAACUAUAUAUAACAAAUUCUUAACUUAAAACAGAAAGCAUGCUUAAAUUGAAAGAAAAAAAAAACAACAAACAGAAAAUAAAACAUAAAAUUGGUCAAAGCAAGCAAAAGGGGGGCGUAGAAUUGAAGCAGUUAUAAUAACAAACAAUAACAUAGCAUACCUUAUAUAUAUAUAUAUAUGUAUAUAGAUAUAUAUAUAUACAUAUAAAUCUAAAGAAGUUGUAUUAAAAUUCUUUCGUUUUGUUUAAUGAGCCGAAGUUAGAAACUGCUAAAUUCAACACCUGUCAAAACUGUCAUGCAGUAAACAGAAGAGAAUCAAGAUUGUUUAUAUUUUAAAAAUAUAUAAAAAAUACAAGCCUAAUAUUAAAUGUAAUAAUUAUAACAAAUAAAACAACAACAACAACAAGCAUGUGUAUAAUAUCUAAAUAAGUAACUGUACAUCUAAUUCAAAAGCAGCGAGUAAAUCUGAUUAAAAAUACCUUGGAACUAUAAACAAACAACAAAUAAUAAAUAAUAAAUAAUAACAAUUAAUUUAA